GGGCAAACGACGCGUUUAGUUCUCAUCUACAAAAAUUUGUGAAGUUGGCGAUCAGAGCUUCGGGACGCCGUCGACGAGAUCGGAAUCGAAGUAGAUUCUACAAAAUCUAUCUUCCUCUUCGUCGUCGAAUCUGCAAAUUAGAAGGUUUUUUUUUCCUUAUACGCAUAUUAGCACCUUCCAGUGUAAAAGGUUUCUCUGAGUUUGUGUCACAUGUAUUGUUCGCCUCCGUCGCGCCGGGCAUUGAAGCACGAGGAUUGACCAGAGAAUUUCCCUUUCAAAGAAGAAGACUUCAGCGAUUUGGCAAAUUAAUCUCGCUAUGGCGAUUUGGAGACAUAAAGUGUGGCGACAUUUGAGCUCAUUUCAAGGAGCUACUUACUCAACUACGCCUUCCAGAAUCAACAAAUCAAUGCUUAACAACCUUAGAAAAAUCCGGCCAAUGAUUCAUAGAAGAAUCGAAAAUCGAGCAAAAGAUUACCCAAUUAAAGACAUUAUUCCUGUGGCUCAGGACAUCCUUGAAGCCAGACGAAAUCUACUCGCUAACGUCAACGUGCUUCUUAAAGUGUUUCCUGUCCUGACAUGCAAAUUCUGCUCAGAAGUAUUUGUUGGCAAAGAAGGACAUUUGAUUCAAACAUGUCGUAGUUAUAUACGGCGUGGCAACACCAAGCUACACGAAUGGGUUCCAGGUUCCAUAAACGAUAUACUUGUCCCCGUCGAAUCCUUCCACUUACGCAACAUGCAUCAAGGUGUUAUCAGACACCAACAGAGGUUUGAUUAUGACCGUGUUCCCGCAGUCUUGGAACUAUGUUGUCAAGCAGGAGCCAUACAUCCCGAAGAAAUCCUGCAGUAUUCAAGAUUUCACGAUAACCCGCAAAUCUCAGACGAAGAUAUGAGGAGUAUAUCCCCUGAAGAUCUCAAAUAUGUUGGAGCAAGUGCUCUGAUGGCUUGGGAGAGAGUUAGAGCUGGUCUGAAGAAACUCUUGCUUGUUUAUCCAUCGAAAGUUUGCAAACGGUGCAAAGAGGUUCACGUGGGACCGAGUGGUCAUAAAGCUCGGCUGUGUGGUGUGUUCAAAUACGAGAGCUACCACGGCACUCAUUACUGGGAAAAAGCCGGCGUGAACGAUUUGGUACCUGAGAAAGUCGUGUGGCACCGUAGGCCUCAGGACCCUGUGGUUCUUGUGGACGAAGGGAGGAGUUAUUACGGACAUGCCCCUGCUAUCGUGAGCCUUUGUAGCCAUGCCGGUGCACUUGUUUGUAACACUAAAUAUGCUUGCGAGAUGAAGCCUCAAGGUUUAUCUUUUCCUUUUACCUAUUCAAUUCUAAAUCGCGAGACGUAAAAGAAUAGUCCUGUUUGUAGCUGCAACCCACUGGUUCUCGUCCGUUUUUUGUAAUCGAUUUUGGUUUUUGGCAUUGUAAACAAUAUCCUUAGAAUAAAAUAACCCACAUGGUACAAGCAUGUUUGUCUCAAAA